AUGAUUCCGGCAGCAGCGUUGACGGUGUUGCUGCUCCAGCUCCGCCUAUCCACGGCAGCGUCUCAUGUUACGGCCGGUGCAGGGCCGUUGCCGCACUGCCAGACCAGCUGCGGCGCCGUGGAAGUGCCCUACCCAUUCGGCAUCGGCGACGGGUGCUACUGGCCAGGGUUCAACCUCACCUGCGACCGGACACGCGGCAGGGAGCCGCGGCUGCUCGUCGGCGCCGACCUCCAGGUCGUCGAGAUCUCCCUGGCCAACUCCACGGUGCGGAUCGUGGACAUCGCGGGCCAGGUGAGGCUCACCUUCUCCGCGGGCCUCGACGGCAACGGCACGUGGGGCGGCCUCGGCGCCGCCAGCCCUUACGUGUUGUCGGAGAUGCGCAACCAGUUCGUCGUCACGGGAUGCAACGUGCAGGUCACGCUGGUUGGGGAUAGCGACGACAGCAGCGGUGGCAACGUCAUCUGCUGCUGCUCCUCCUUCUGCUCCACCAACAACAAGCUGACGGGUGCCCUGACGAGCUCCCCUGGCUACGGCGCUGCCGGCUGCUGCGACACACCCAUCCCAAUAGGCCGCCCCUCCUACGGCGUGGAGAUGAAGUCGCUGGACUCGAGGAACGAGUACGCCCACAGGCUGCCCAUCGCGGUGCGCAUCGCCGAGAGGGGUUGGUUUGAGGGCGCCUACGCCGUGCUGCUCAACGACUCGCCCGGGUACUCGCCCUCGCGCCGCCCGGCGGUCCCCGUCGUCCUUGAUUUUGCGGUGGAUUCCAAGCCGGUGAUGCUGCCAGGGAUGGCGACGUCGGGCUGCCCCGUGGACGCGCGGAGGAGCGCGUGCCAGAGCAGCCAUGCCUCCUGCCGCAACGUCUCCGGAAAGUACCGCAGCGGGUACGUGUGCCGGUGCCUUGACGGGUACCGGGGUAACCCAUACCUCGCGGGCGGAUGCCAGGACGUCGACGAGUGUGCGCUUCCGGGCAUGUGCUUCGGCGAGUGCAUCAACACAGCCGGAGGGCACCUAUGCCGAUGCCAGCGUGGCGCCCAUGGUGACCCGCGCAUAACAAAUGGAUGCAUCAAAUCUUAUCUAGGUUUAAGUGCAGGCAUAGGAGUUGGCAGUGGAGCGGCCUUUCUAAUCAUGGUAAUUGGUGCUAUUUUGGUGACCCGAAAUAUGAAGCAACGCAGGGGGAAAAUGCUCAAGAAGAAAUUCUUCAAGCAAAAUCGAGGGCAUUUGUUGCAACAAUUGGUGUCUCAAAAGGCGGACAUCGCUGAGAGGAUGAUCAUCCCCUUGGUGGAGCUACACAAGGCCACCAACAAUUUUGACAAAGCUCGCGAGAUUGGUGGAGGAGGGCAUGGCACGGUCUACAAAGGCAUCAUGUCAGAUCUGCAUGUCGUGGCGAUCAAGAAGUCCAAGGUCGCGAUCCAGAGGGAGAUUGACGAGUUCAUAAAUGAGAUAGCGAUCCUCUCGCAGAUCAAUCAUCGAAAUGUGGUGAAGCUCCAUGGGUGCUGCCUCGAGACGGAGGUGCCGCUACUUGUUUACGAGUUCAUCUCUAAUGGGACCCUUUACCAUCAUCUCCAUGUCCAAGAAACCAUGCCAUCCCUGCCAUGGGAAGAUCGGCUGAGGAUCGCCACCGAAAUAGCAAGAGCUCUAACCUACCUUCACUCAGCUGUGGCGUUCCCUAUAGUCCAUAGGGAUAUUAAGUCCCCAAACAUUCUGUUAGAUGGCACUCUCAUGGCAAAGGUGUCAGACUUUGGAGCUUCGAGGUUCAUUCCUGCCGACCAAACAAAGACCUCGACCGCAGUCCAAGGGACAUUUGGGUACCUAGACCCCGUGUAUUUCUACUAA